AUGCUCGCGUCGGAGUCUCGAGGUGAUUUUCAGAAACAAGUGAAUUCUUGGGAGGAUCGGCUGCAGAAAUAUGGAUUGCGCCUCAGCAUAUCGAAAACUGAGUACAUGGAGUGCGGACCAAGGAUGGAGAAUGGUUCAAUUCGUGUCGAUGGCACCGAAUUGAAAAAGGUGAACGGUUCCAAGUACCUUCAAGUACCUGAAAAUGGCCUCACUUUGAACGAUCCACGUGAUUUUAAUGUGAUACCUAUCAUUAGUGGUAUUGGGGGCCCUACGGAUAGAAUUUCCUGGCUGCUGAAUAUGUCAAUAUGUGUGUAUCAAUAUGUCCCUGCCCACCUCAGCAGUUCUAGCAACUUCCUAAAACAUCUCCGCAGUACUUCGUUUCAGCGUGAAUGGGUAGUAGAGACCUUUGACGUUACGUCACCCUAUACGAAUGUUUCAAACGAUGUAGCGAUGCAGGCUGUUCACGAACUGCUCACGCAGCGCCAGGCUUCAUUAAACAUGUACGGAUUAAGCAAUAGGCAAAUCAUGACAUUGAUAAACGAAUGCCUGAACUGCUCUAUUUUCCGAUGGUCGGAACAGCACUAG